AUGCUUCAAGCUGUAUGGAAUGUGCCAUCUUCAAAAAUUGAAGCGAGUGACAUUUAUUGCCGCAGCUGCUGGGAGGACUGGGCUCAACAUGUCAAGGGAGGCAGGUAUGCUCUCAGCAAAUCUUGCGAGGAGUGGGCGAUUCAAGCAGGCAUCCAGUUUGAACCAUCGCACAUGGGUAACCCCUUCUAUUGCCUGCCCUGCGGAAGAUUCUUCAACCAUGGUCUGACCUCCCUGGAGAAACACCUGCGGGACUCUCACCCUGAUGUGAUUGUCGGCUUGGCUCGCAAGAGAAAGCAUGAAGAGACCGUGACGAAAUCUCAAUCCAAACCGCCUGUGCGACAUGGCACCGGCUGUGGCAACAGCCGUGGCAAGUCUGACAUGACCAAGGGCAGCAAGCCCUCCAACUCCACAGGCCAGGAUGGUGUGAAGCGGCCAUCUGCACCGUCUGGUCAGCCAAACGCUUUUGGCAAAACUCUUGAAAUCCAGACACUUCAAGCCACAGAUGACUGCAAGGACUCUGAGUUUGAGCUUGUAUGGGAGUUUCGGGCUGAUGAUCAUAAUCCAAUCGAUGACUCUGAUUCUGAUGAUGAUGGUGACUGGCAGGCGAUGACGAAGACCAUGAAUCACCUGCUUGAGAAGCGCUGGGCACAGGGAUGGGAUAAAAAUCUUGAUUUGCACGAUACGUUCUAUGUCCAGGGAAAGGGCUUCUCUUACUUCAUUGAUAGCCAUUGCAUGCUGCAGCAGAACACGUCGACGGGCCGCACGCGGAAGAUCAGGCGUGUUGAUGCCAGGUCACAAGCAAGAAAGAAGGCUGCUCAGGUAGAGCAACUCUUACGUGAGAAAGAAGAAUUGCUGGCGAAAGUUGCAAUGCUGGAGCAGGACAAGAAGACGCUGGAAGCUUCUCAGGCGGACCAUGCCACACAUAUGAUGGCGCAAGAAGCUUGGCGAGUCAGUCGCCAGCUGCAGGCAAAGAUCUGCAUCCAGUUGAAUCGUCGCGAUGCAGUUUUCGCCAGCAUCCAGAAAGCUCUGCUUGCGGCAUGGCCUUCCGAUCACAAUGGGGAGUGCCUGCGCAUGAACCAUUUCAGUAUUAUCGGCCUCCAGCAGGUUUGCAACACCAACAUCUGGAAGGACUACGAAUUCCGGAAGGAGCAAGUGCGGAAAGAGUUGGAGGGCCGUGACAACUUCCCGAGAGUGACCAGUACCCUGCCACCUGAGGUGUGCAGUUGGGCGCACCUGGAUGCGAAGAUCAAUGAGGUUUUGGUAAUCCAUGGCACCACGCUGGACAAGACAGAACAAAUCGCAGGUUUCGGGUUUGACGAACGUCUUGCACAUGAAAGAGGACUCUAUGGACAAGGGGUUUAUUUUACAGAUCAAAGUUGCAAAGCUCUUCAGUAUUCAGGAGCGGUAUCGGUGCCCACAUGGAAAGGCUCCGGGAAGGGGUCAGGGGAAGGUUUCUUCAUCAUUGCUCGUGUGAUCCUUGGACACCCCAAGGAUGCGGACGGGCCUUUGAAGAACACGAAGGUGGAACCUCCGGUGGACCCAGGCGAUCCGUCAAAAGGUCGCUUCCACUCCGUAAUCGCCCAGCCAGGGACUCCUAGCGACCGAUGGCGACGACAGGUACAUCGGGAGUUCGUCAUUUUCAACGGAGCUCAGGCCUACCCAGAACUCAUCGUUCAUUUCAAGAUUUCCUAG